UUCAAUUUUAACAAUUAUCAUUCCUCGCUUUGUUUCAUUCACAGCGUGUUUCUAUUUUCAUUCUAAUUAAUUGACAUUUGCCUCAUUUGUUACGAUUGCAAACUUGACAAAACAAAGGAACUCUUUAUUCAGAGUUUUUCUUUUCUAUGGAGGGUUCUAGUGCACUCGAAACAACAAACCUUUCACUCGCAAAUGCCAACGAGCAAUUUUCUUCCCAGACCAAUAUUUUGGCAAAUAUAGACGAGGAAUCUACACGUAAACCUGGUAGAAACGCUAUUGUUGCUUCGGAUUCUCCUUUAGGAACAUUAGAUCGAAUGUUAGACCGAAAUACAUCAAAAUCUGACGAAAUGAAAAACUCUAAUGAUCAAACGGGUGAAUUUGAAAGAUUUGAGAACGUCGAACUUGAAAAGGAAGAGCGAACAGCCAUUUCCUUUUAUUCAGAAACAUCAUGAACCCAAAAAGAUGUACGCCAAAAUGUGGCCAAUGUAUAGAAAAGUACGUCCGAUUAAAACAUAUGCAAAUGGCGCCAACUUCCGCCUUCAAUUUUCACUUAAAAAUAACGUACAUUUCAGUUGUAUGAAAUUGCCUACCAAGUACCUACAAUCCUAAAUAAUGGCAAAUUUUGGCAAAAGCAUUCAAAUUUAACUGUAUUAUAAUUCGUAUUUAAGAACAUUUACUAACAGUAUAAUGCUACAGCAAUGACUUGUCAAAAAGUUUUCCAUAUCAAUAUAGACAUUAGAACAUCUCUGAACAAUGAAAUUACUACUCAUAAUGAGCAUAACAUUUUAAAAAUAUAAAUUUAAAGCAA